AUGGGCUCAUCAGGAAUUGCUCCCAGUCUUCCUACUCUCAAUACUUUUAUUAAUUGCUUCUGCCAUUUGAACCGAGUAGAUUUUGGGUUCUCUGUCUUAGCAACAAUUUUGAAACUUGGUUAUCACACAGACUCUAUUACUCUAAACACCCUUGUCAAGGGUCUCUGUCUUCAAGGUAACAUUGCUGGAGCUGUGAAGUUGGUAGAAGAUAUGGAGAAGAAAGGGUAUCAACCUGAUGCAUUUACUUGUGGAACAAUACUAAAUGCUGUGUGUAAGAUUGGUAAGACUGAUAUGGCUAUUGGCUUGCUUAGGAAAUUGGAAGAAGGAGAUUAUGAGCUUAAAUUAGCGGUGUAUAACACAAUCAUUGACAGUUUAUGUAAGGAUAGGUUGGUGGAGAGAGAGGCUACUACUUUGUUGAACGAGAUGGCACAGAGGAAGAUCGUGCCAAGUGUGAGGACCUUCAACAUAUUGGUGGAUGCACUUUGCAAAGAGGGGAUGUUGAUAGAGGCGAAAAAAGUUUUUGAUAUGAUGAUUCAAUGA